AUAGGUAUUAAAUGGUGUUUAGCUUUUCUCAAAAUAAAUUCUAAAAGUUGUUAUUAUUGAAUAAUUGCACUCAAACAUGGUUUUAAAUAAAAAAGCACUUCAAAAACAACAAUGUUUCAGUUCAAGAGACUAAUGAUAGUAGCAUUGUUAGUAAGGCAUCAAUGGCACAGUUUGGAUAUUUUGAAGACCCAUUUUUACAGUAUUUUAUUAAGAAAGUUCAACGAAGAUCACCUUUGAUUCACAGAGGCUACUAUAUUCGUGCUAUCUCAAUUGACUAUGUAUUAAAAACCUUUUUAUUAAAUGUUUCUCAGGAAGUUAGUUCACAGAUUAUAUCACUUGGUGCAGGUUUUGAUAGUUCUUUUUUUCGUCUAAAGUGGAAACAUUUGCUAGUAAAUUGUCGAUACUAUGAAGUUGAUUUUCCUGAAGUAGUUAAUCAUAAGCAUAUUCUUAUUAAUAAUGCCAAUGUGUUGAAAAAUCUUAUAGAAGAUAUGGCCUGUGUUAACAAUUGUAUUGUUUCCAAGGAUUAUUUUAUUCUUCCUUGUGAUUUUACUGAUUUGCCAAAGUUAAAAAUGAUGUUAGAGCAAAACAAUAUAGAUUUUAGUAUUCCAACACUGAUCUUCUCAGAAUGUGUUUUGAGUUAUGUAGACUAUAAGGCAUCUGAAGAACUGAUGAAAUGGAUUCAACUUCAAUUUAAAAAUUCUCAAUUGUCUAUUUAUGAACAGGUAUACCCGCAUGAUGCAUUUGGUCAAAUUAUGGUUAAACAUUUUUCUAAACUUCAAUCACCAUUGAAACGAAUUGAUGUAUUAGAUACAAUUACAAAGCACAAAGAUGCACUAAUAUAUGCUGGGUUUGAUGUUGCUAUUGGAUUUGAUAUGAAUUUUUUUUAUGAAAAUUAUGUUAAAGAAAAGUUAUCUUUGAGCAAUCUUGAUGUAUUUGAUGAAUAUGAAGAAUGGCACUUAAAGUGUUCCCAUUAUGCACUUGUUUCUAGUUUUCAAGGUUCUUGUUUAAAUUUUGCAACAUCGACCUUUCCCAAAACUCAGAUAAUCUGUGACAAUUUGGAAAGUAAUAAUUGUGUUGCUCCAAUAGAAAGGUUAUCACUAUUGUCUGUUCUUUUUAAACGAUUUGGCCACGCUUGUGUCAAAAUCAGUUCUGACAUUGUACUUAUUACUGGUGGAUUUGGUGUUGAUUUUGAUAAUGGACACAAAAAAUUAUCUAGUGCAUUUGUUGUUAGAAACAAUGGUGCAGAUUUCAAUUUUAUUAAAACUGAUAUCAAACUUAUGUUUCAUACUAUGGUUUUAUUAGAUGAUGGAAGUAUCUUUGUUUACGGUGGUCGCUUAUCUCCUGUAAAACCAUGUUGUUCAUAUGGAUUGUAUAAAUUAGAAAAUGAUACCUUAAAACCAAUUCAAAUUUUUUCUAAUUGUUCUUGUAGUUCUGAAAAUAGUAAUCCAAAAUGUAGGUGGAGACAUUCUGCUGUAAAUUUAAAAGGCAACAUAUACAUAUUUGGUGGUAUUUGUUCCAAUGGCAAUACAUUUAAUGAUUUAGUAUGUUUCAAUAGUAAAACGUACCAAUGGAAAAAGGAAAUUUUAAAGAAAGACUUAGUACCACGUCAUUCUCAUUCAAUGGAGAUUUGGAAACAAAAAUUAUUGCUGUAUGGUGGGUUAAAUCAUGAAAAUAAAACACUAAAUACUUUAAAUGUUCUGCAUAUUCAGGAUGAUGAAUCAGAAGUUUAUAUAGAUGAGAUUCAAUUUGUUCCACAGUUACCUGCGCGCUACUCUCACACAUCACAUGUUGUUGAUGAUUUACUAGUUAUUGUAGGUGGAGUUGAUCCCUCUGAACAUUAUCAACUACCAAUUAUACUCAUUUAUUUAUCUAAAAAAGUAUGGCAACCUCUGAUGUUACCUAUCUCCAGUCCUGAAUACCCACUUAUGCUUCAUAAUCAUUGCAGUAUAUUGACAAGUGAUAACAAAGUUAUUGUUAUUGGUGGUGGUGGAAAUUGUUUUUCUUUUGGCACUCAUUUUAAUGAACAUUUAUCAAUUAUUGAUCUUUCACAAAAAUUUUUGUAAAAUUUGUAGUUUUAAUGAAACAAAAAAUGUGUAAACAAUGAAA